GACGACGCUCCAGGCGCUGCCUUCGACGACGCUCCCCGCCCUCUACAGGGUGCCCCCGACGCCGACUCCGACGACGCUCCUGGCGCCGUUCCGUCGCCUGGUUGACUCCCGCGUCCCGGCGCUGCUCCCCGUGCUCUCGAAGACCUCCCUGCCACCUUUGCCUCCCAGGGAAG